AAACUAUUAACAACAAACAUGGCAAGUUCACUUCUUAAAAAAAAUUAAGAAAUUAUUAGCUACACCAGAAGUAUCACUUUGAAAAAGCAUUUAGAACCCACCACGUGUCCAUCCAUUUAUCACUAAGUAAACAAAAGCAUGAUAAAAAAUGACUAAAAACACCAAUCAAUAGAUUGGUGUAUGGUUUAAACCGAAAAACAUUAUUGUUUAUUUGUGUUUAGACUUUUGAUUGAUUAAUAAUGAAAUUGAUGGAUAUCCAAGUUUGUGGAACUUCAAUUUAGCAUCUGUUGUGAUCGUGUCGUCCAAAAUUGAAAUGCGUCAGUAAGCCUUUUAACAUAACAUAAACUCAAUUUCUAAUCUUUAGAAUAAUUUAAAAAGAUUAAGCGUGUGAUGCUUAUUUGUUGAGUACACACCUUAAGGAAAGACAAUACAGGACGAGCAUGCAAAUGCUACUAGCUAGUGGAUCCACUUGCUCAUUUUCUGGUGUUUAUGUAAUGAUUAAAAGGGGUAUUAAGAAGUGAAAAUGAAAAAAAAAAAAAAACUGUUCAGUAAAGCACUAACUCAACUCGUUGUUGUUUUGGCAAAGCCAAAUUCAUUAUGGAAAUCGUUCCUUUGCUUUCAAUGAACUGAAUGAAGCAUAGAUUCUCUUAUUAUUUCACAGCCAUGACAGAAAAGUGCAGCCUCUUAGUAUGUUGUGUAAGUUUCGGUAUUGUUUUUUUUUUCGUUGAAUAAGGUUCAUUAUUGAAUCUCUCUCAACAGUUUAGCUUAUUAGAACUAACUAACUAACUCAUAACAUACUAUUUAUAUUGAACUUUCUAGGAAAAUAAUUGGGUAAACAAGUAUCUCAUUAGUGUAUAAACUUCAGAAGUUGGCGCUAUUGCCGCCUGUGGCCACUACAAGUGUCGGAAGUGCAUUUUUUUAUAAUGAAUUUCGUGAAAUCGGAAUUUGAGGAAUGAUGAAAUUUUGAACCAUUAUUUGGUACACUACAUUUAUAAAAGUAAUAUUUUAUUUUAAUUUUGUACCUACAAAACUGAAUCGCUGGCUAUGCCAUUAAUAUACAUAGUUAUGUUUUGUGUCCAAUUAGUUGAGUAGUUUUUAUUCCCGCUUCCGUUGCAACAGUGUCCAGAUUCCUUUUUUUUUUUUUUCUCCCUUCCUGCUUUUAUGUACCCAUUUGUCAGGAUUCAUCUUUUGAGGUAUUUGAUUGUUUUACCCGAUUGGAACAUCGUUGUUUUCACUUUCUUUGUAUUUCUUCCUUGUAUUUGCUGCAGUUAUAAAUAUCAUUAAUGCCAUAAAAAAAAUCAGGGGAAACAAACAAUUCCUUUGGUGCUUCAGGUGUGCCUCCUCAAGUGGGGUAGGAUACUAUGCUAACCCCUAAAGGGGUAGUGAUUUUUGACACCCCCUUUAUGAUUGGCCAAUUUUAUUUCCAAUCAUUGGCAAGUAUUAAUUAAACUGGUUUUUUAUUUUUUUUAAUCUUGUAAUUUGGGGUCUCUCACCACAUUGGAAAAGAGAAAGAAUCUGGGGAAAAACGAAAUCACCCCCAUUAAUUACAUAAUUAAUUUCUCCCACUGGUACAUUAAUUACACGUACCACUCUACUGGUACACGUACCACUCCACUGGUACACGUACCACUCCACUGGUACACGUACCACUCCACUGGUGCGAGCAAUCCACAAGGUAGGUUAGAGUGAGAACUAUACCAGUGCAAUGAUAUUUUUCAUAACAAUGAUAAACAAUAACGGAGCAACAAUGCAGUACCACUUCAAUGAUACAAAUACCACUCCACUGGUACACGUACCACUCCACUGGUACGUGUACCAGUGGAGUGGUACGUGUACCAGUAGAGUGGUACGUGUAAUUAAUGUACCAGUGAGAGAAAUUAAUUAUGUAAUUAAUGGGGGUGAUUUCGUUUUUCCCCAGAUUCUUUAUCUUUUCCAAUGUGGUGAGAGACCCCAAAUUACAAGAUUAAAAAAAAUAAAAAAUCAGUUUAAUUAAUACUUGCCAAUGAUUGGAAAUAAAAUUGGCCAAUCAUAAAGGGGGUGUCAAAAAUCACUACCCCUUUAGGGGUAGUCAAGCUAACCGAUCCCUCCUCAAGUGGAAUAAGUAUAACUGGUUGAAUCUGUAAUUUUCAAUAUUUAGUUAUUUACAAAGUCGCACAUUCACUCACAAACAAUUACGUAAUUUUUCAAUAAAAUCCAUUCGUAAAGUUUCAUCCGUAAUUAUUAGUUCUACUCCCUUUGUUUGCAAUCGCAGAUUAAUAUUGAAUUUUAGAGAUGAUCUCGUCGUCAAAACAUAAAAUCUAUAUAGCAUCGUUCGUUAUUCCAAAAGCUUUGUACUAUAAUUGUUAUUUAUUGUAAAUGAUGUGAGAAUGAUGAAAUGAUUGGGUGGCAAAAAUAGAUUAAAACUAACUAACUACGUAUCAUUAGCAGCUCAUCAACAAGAAUAUAAGCCGGCCUUUGAGGCCUAGAGAUAUCAGGGAAUUCUUUUGUUUUACUAACGAGGGGAGGUGAAAAUGAAAGGUUUGGCACCAAUGGAGAGGUGAAAUCGAGAGAAUUUUUGACCUAAAAAUACAGAAAAUAAACAAUUGUGUCGAACGCUGAAUGGACAGCCAACUGACCUAGUAUAUUAUUCCAUCAUGACUUCCUUUUUAUUACUGUUCUGGAUUUUUCUGUUCGACAUAAAUCUAUAUUUAAUGGCAUCAAAUCACAAAUGAACAUUAUCUAGAUUUUACAAAAAAAAAAAAAAAACAUUUUUCUUGGUGGAAUCACAAUGUGAAACUAUCUGUUUUAUAUUAAUAUUAGACAAAUUCCACAUCAGUAAAGUACGGAAAAGAUCAAUGAUUUGUAAGUAAUAAAUUGAUUUUAAUUAACUGAUAUGAGUUAUUUUGGGAUGAAAUGGAGAAAAUGCUUAUGAGAAUUUUAGUGCAUGGAGCCGUGCAUAAAUGUAUAACCUUUUAUAUACGAAAUCACCAUGAUGCAUAUCAAAAGUAAAACAGUACAUUAAUCUCAAACGCAUGGGGCAGUACAUAAAUGUAUAACCUUUUAUAUACGAAAUCUUCCACAAACAAAUUAAUUACAAAAAUUCAUUAAAAAAAAGGAUAUUCCCUGCAUUACUAGCUCCAACGCUUAAUUAGCAGCCGAACAGCCCCAUUUAAGUACCACCCUCUUUUCAUGUGUUCCAGUCCCACUGCUGGCUGUGGGUGGAAAAGGAGGCAACGUCUCUCAAAUAAUAAACCAACUCAAGCUUUCUUCUUCUUCUUCUUCUUCUUCUUCUUCCCUUGAGAGAAUUGAAGCAGUUGUUUUAAUUCGUUUGUUUUGGUCAAUUCUACAAUGGGUUUCUACUAUUCUCCAGUGAGCCAACCUUCACCUCAUCUAUACCCACAAGAAAUUCAGCUGAAGCUGUACCAGGCUUUCCUUUUCUCAAUCCCAAUUCUCUUCACCAUCAUCCUAGUUCUCCUCUUCUACCUUUUCUACCUCAAGAGGAGAGCCUCAACACUUUCAUCCUCUCUCCCCACUUCUGCUUCUUCCAAUCAACCUGAUGCUGCUGCCCAUUUGUCUGAUGUUUGUGAGGUUGGUCUGCUGAAAGAGAAGCUCAUGAGCCAGAAGCUCCAAGUUGUGUCGUUUGAUGAAGAAUUGAGGUCAAAGGAAUCACAGUGUUGUGUGUGCUUGGUGGACUUUGAGAUGAAAGAAGAAUUGCUCCAGAUCUCAUCUUGCAAACAUGUGUUUCACAUGGACUGCAUUCGUCAUUGGCUUCUCAACAACUCUACUUGUCCAAUCUGUAGAUGUUUUGUCAUCCCGACGACCAACAAGCUCAAUAAUGUUACAUCGCAAUCUAGUGGUGAUGGCACAACUCCUGCGGUGGUGGUGUCGUUGCAGCACAACAUGGUGAGCUCGGAACAUCAAGCAAGCGUCAGUACGCAUGCAGAGCAACGAUACCGGCAAGAAGAAGAAGAACUUGUUGCUACAAGUCCAGUAGUAGAGCAUCAUUUAAUACGUGUCGUUGAAGAGUCUUCUAGCUCACAAUAGCGUUUCUUUAGUUUGAGUUACAAUUCUUUUUUAACUUCUAAGCUAGCUUCAUUUGGUCAAAGAGAUGGAAUUCUUCAGUAAAAGAGGGGACAAAAAAAAAACAACUAGGCGAAUCAAGAACCUAGCUAGAGAAAUCAGCAGAACUAGCUAGCUAAGCUUGUUCUGUUCUUGAAUCAAGUUCAAAUAAACACACAAGUUGAAGAAGGCAAAUUUAACACCAUAAUUAUCACGAUGGGAAGAAAGGUUGCGUGAAUUACGUUCACAAACCGUUUAGUUAAAAUACAGAAUCAAAUUAUAUGCAAUUUCAAUUUGAGUCUCGUCCUUUUAUGUUGAGAAGAGCUUGCAAGUUGUGGGAGGAAAGCAUAUGCUGUGAUGGGAAGAGACCAAAUGGGCCAGAAUCCAAAACGACAAAAUCACAGGCCCAUCAACAAGCCGAGUUUCUUGAUGCCCUUGGCUAAUGAGCUAUACUUAGAGAGGACCAGCAACUUCGCUGGACCAGUUUGUUGGGCCCUCAAUUACAGCCCGCCACUCGAUGGGCCAAUACAUCUCGUUGCGCAAC